ACUUAAAAAAAAAGUCUCUCAUAUUUUGGCGUGUGUGUGUGUCAGACAGAGACACAGAGACAGAGGGAGAAGUGUUCAAAAUGCCGGUUAAAAAGAAGAGCGGUUUCCAGAUCACCAGCGUGACCACGGCUCAGGUGGCGGCCAGCAGCAUCACCGAGGACACCGAGAGCCUGGAUGAUCCGGACGAGUCCCGCACCGAGGACAUCUCCUCGGAGAUCUUCGACGUCUCCUCCCGGGCCACGGACUACGAGCACGGCGCCGAGGUGUGUGAGCGCAGCUCCUCGGACGAGACCCUCAACAACGUGGGCGAGGCGGACACCCCCGGGGCCACCUCGCCCAACAUACCUCACGACCGGGACGCGGUCGGGCAGGCUUUCGGGGGCAGGGGGCUGCCCGCAGCCGGCGGAGGGACGGCCACCCCCCCUGCCAGCAGCAGCAGCAACAGCGGGCCGGCGCCGGGAGCCACGCCGCCCCCGUCCACCUCUGGCAGCGGCACUUCCACCGGCGGGGGCGGGGGCGCCGCCCCGCUCGCCAUGCAGCCGGCGGUGGCUUGCACCUCCCGCUUCAGGGUCAUCAAGCUGGACCACGGCUCCGGCGAGCCCUUCCGCAGAGGCCGGUGGACCUGCACCGAGUUUUACGACCGCGAUUCGGACGGCACCAUCCUGGCCCGGUCCGCCGACAGCAUCCGGCACAGCAGCAGCAGCACCCUGGAGCAGCAGCAACAGCAACAGUGCGGGGACCGGGACAGCGGCCUCGGGGCCACCAACAGCUCGGUCAUCCUGCCCCCCGUGCAUGGCACCGAGUCCCUGGCGGACGCUGCCCUCGGCGCCACCAUCGCGCAGUUGGCCCCGACCGACGUGACCAGCCAGCACCAAAGUUUCGCCAAGGGGCAGCAGCCGGCAGGCGGCCUGCCAGUGUCUCAAGCUGCAUCCUCGAAUCAGAUAUACACCGCGUCGGCGGCAGCUGGUCAGCAACAUCAGUCGCAGGUAAACUUGCAGAGUAGCUUGGGGCAGCUCAGCCUUCUACAGAUCAAUGGCAAGGCCAUUCAUACACCCGGUGCAUCUGUGCCCCAGGCCAAUUCUCAACAGACUGCUAACAUCCCUACUCCCCAGCCUCAGCAAUUUCAGUUUUCUCAGACCCAGAUUCCACAUUUACUGCCAUCUCAGUCCACUAUUGCAAACAGUCACACAGAAUAUAUGCAACAUCUGCCGGUCAUGCAGGGUCCAGGAGUUAUUCAGCCUUCACCGGUUAAAGUAGUUCAGAAUACUAGCCUAUCUGCCAGUCAAGCAACAAGUCAUGGUCCUUCAAUGGUGAUGCAACCUUCUGCCAGUGGAGCACAAGUGCCAGCCCAGAGCUGUGAUUUGGUCAAUCAGGGUGGACAAGGGAUACAGAAUACUCAGCCAGGCCCUACACAGGGUCUGAUUUUGCAGCAACAAAGUUUGGGGUCAUCAGGUGUUCAACAGCAUUUAAACCAACAGCACCAAGCUUCUGGUCUCCAGUCUGGAAUGGUUAGUCAGGUGCCUGGGUUGCCCAGUGGAUCUCUCAGUGUGGCUGCUGGCAUCCAAAAUCUGCCGAGUACUGGUGUUUCAAGUGUUCUAACUGGUGUGUCUGCGGUAGGGCCUAGUGCAUCUGCCACUUCUGUUACAAUGCCAAGUGCUCCAGUAACCAUGGUUCAAUCACAGUUAAGUACCCAGGCACCGAUAACUGGGAGUCUGAUGCAAGGUUCAGUCAACUUAUCUUCAAACGUGUCGCAGACCAGCCUCUUCCAGAUACAGCAAGGUACAGGCCAGCUAGAGGAGAGACGGAAUUCGGAGCAGUUUAUACCUCAGACAUCUCAGUCCAGUGACGGCAAACCCUCUAUGAAGCCUCUUAUUCCAGAAAUUCUUGGUAACCCUCUGCAUUUGCAAGUGUCUAGCCCAAUGAACAGCCUCUCAAAUUCUGUGUUCUCUAUACCUAUACAAAUCGAUGGAGAUGAAGACAGUGGCAGCUUGUGCUGGGAUGUGGUUUCACAGGUACCAGCACCCUCUGUUACCUUACUAAGCAGGAGUUCACGUGACCUUGAACAGAAUCCAUCUGCUGCUUUCUACCGAGCUUUCCCUGUAAACAAGUCUCGGGAUGCAAAGAACCUCUACGAUAGCCAGCCACGUGGAGCCUUUCACUACAACUCUUACUUUGCUUCAGGAGCCAGUGUGGUAGCAAUCGACAACAAAAUAGAACAGGCAAUGGAUUUAGUGAAAAGUCAUCUAAUGUAUGCAGUAAGAGAAGAAGUGGAAGUCUUGAAGGAGCAGAUCAAAGAGCUGAUUGAAAAGAACUGUAUACUAGAACGAGAAAAUUCACUAUUGAAGUCACUAGCGAACAAUGAGCAGCUGUCUCAGCUUCAGACCCAGGUGACCCAUCCCAGUAGCACUUCACAAACACAGCAGCCGACAGCAGUAGCACAACCUCAACACAGCGCACAACAGACACAGCCUCCACUGCAGCCUAAUGUCCCUUCUGCAUGAAAAUUGCUCGCCUGCAUAGGAAAAGAAAUCUUCAAAAAAAAUAAAAUCUGUGUGCCACUGGUGUUCUUACCACUCUACAUUGAACAGCAGAUAGCCGUGCUUAAAUGUGUUUUUUGCUCUUUGGCCUUCUCAGUAUUAGACAAUCAUCCGCAAGAGCUUUCUACGUGCAAUGUCGCAGUCGGCAUCCGCAAGUAUGUGACUGCACGAAGAAAAGUGGUUGAAGGAUUUGUAUCUCGUAGGAGGAAAGCUGAUUUUCAUCAGAUUUAUGGACAAGUGGGUAUCUACAUCUUUAUGGCUUAUCAAGGUUUUAUAUAUAUAUAUAUAUAUAUAUAUAAAUAUAUAUAUAUAUUUACACAUAAACAUACACACAUAUAUGGAAAAUAGGAAUCUCUGGGUCGUUGCGCCUGUCUAACAUUAAGACCUAGUUAGCAGCUCUGUCUGAAAAGAGCCACCAUUCUAGUAACUUUUUGCAUACAUGAAUUUUCAUUUACUGUUUGUUUUUAUUUAUUACAGGGCUGCUAUUUUCAUAUGUAAAUGAACAAUGUCAUAGAAUCUUUUUUUUUGUAAGUUUGAAAUUAAAGAUUAUAAGAUUACUGGUAAAAGCAAGCGAUAGUUGGGAUUGCAUAUAUUAGUUUAAAAAAAAUACAGGCAAUAAUAAAAUUCAAAAAAAAAAAAAAUCCUGGCUUAAGAGUUCUAACACUAAUGGCAGUUUUACCAUGGGGAUUUUCUUCUGCAAUAGUCAAAUCCUGGUUUGAAUGUAAAUUUUGUAUAGAGUGUAAGUAUUAUAAGAACAUAGCAGACAUGUACAAGUAGGCACCGGACAUUGUGACCUAACACCUUGAAAGGAUAUUUGGGCUUUAUUGAUGAA